GUCGUUGUUUGUCCUUGGGCAGCGCCUGUACGGGGCGCAUUGACUCGGCAGUGGGCGCGGCUGAGGCUGGAGACAUGUGGGAUGGACACUCGCAGCAAGGUAUUGCAGCUUUUCAAGGCUUUACAUAGAACAAGGAAACAAGUGUUUAAAGGUGACAAUCAAGCUCUAGAAGCUGCAAGACAGAAGAUUAACUCUGAAUUCCGGCGGAACUUUACUGAGUCGUCUCCAGAGAAAGUAACUGAGUUACUUAAAUUCGGUUCAGAUGUUGAAAUUAUUCUCAGAAAAACGGUAAUCCAGGGAGUUCACGCAAACCACAAUACAAUUUCUGUUACACCCAGAAAAGAAGUUCUUCUGGAAAAUGUGCCUUUCAAUGAUAAUCCUACAAAGAAAGAUACCUAGUACAGGAAAUGUUUCACUGUUGGAUUCCAAUUAUUAUAGCAUCUCAAGUAUUUUAGUGGAACAGAUAAGGUUUAUCUUUUUUGAAGCUGCUAAAAGGCUAAGUGUAUAUUACAUUUAUAAUGAAAACGCUCGGAUGUGGUGACACAACAUCUCAUUUGUUUUUGUCUGGUGGACAAGCAAUGUAACUAAAAAUAGAAAAUGCUGGAAGCACUCAGCAGGGUGUGCAGAGAGAAAUGGUUAACAUUUCAGGUUGAUAGCCUUUCGUCAGACCUAUUUGUAAAAUUAUACAUUGCAUAAGACUUUGAAAAAUGCAAGAUUACUAUUGGUGUAUUUCCAAACACAAUUGUGCACAGUAAUCUAGUGUACUACAGUGAGGUGGAAUAUUUUGUUGUAUAAUUUUAGGAAUUUCCUUUUUCCUGACCUCUAAAGGAAUUCCUCUUCAUGCUUCUUUUAGCUCAAAUGGUCUGAGCUGUGCACAUAGAUGUUGUUGCUGUCCAGGAACCAAGUUGUGAAAACAUUACCAAAUAAAUUAUACUGCUCCUGAGAAAAUUGGAACUCCUAGAUGAAAAAAAACGUAGUUCAACUAGUUCGCCUCCCACCACCCUUGUAUAGCAUGAUACAAUGAUAGCGGAUUUGUCGACAAAUCAUAACAACCAAUCUCUCUUCAACAGAUCUAGACAUGAUACGAGGAAAAUCUCAGUGGAUGAAAUUGUAGAAUUGUUACGGUACAGAAGAUGGCCAUUCAGCCCGCUGUGUCUGUGCUAGCUCUCUGCAAGGCCAACCCAGCUAGUUAUAUUCCCCCCAUCCUUUCCUUUCCAGCCCUGCAAUUUUUUUCUUUUCUUUUCAGAUAAUCAUCCACUUUUUCUUUUCAAAACAACAAUUAAACCUGCCUCCACCACACUCUCAGGCAGUGCAUUCCAGAUGCAGUACCCCAGUUACUUUAGAUAAACUUUCUUUUAAUUCCACUGCCAUCGUUGCUUGAUGCACAGGUCUUGUCUUUCGCCAAUAGCACUGGCAUAUACAAAAUCACUGAAUUCUGCACAACAUGUGACAGAAUCUCACUUCCUUUUUGUUUCCAUCUGCUUUCCCCGUUACAUUGUAAAACACACUGAGCCAGUGCAUAAAGUUGGCAUGCUUCUAUUAAUGUUAGAUUACAUCAUGACAGGAACAUGCAUGGCAAAUUGAGCUGGCUCCAUAUCUGUUUGCAGGCAUGCAACUAUUUUUUAAAAUUAGGGUUUGUUAACCUUUAUCCGCACACUUGCGUGGGCCAUUGAAGGGUGCUGCCGAUAAUGUAGAGUCUAUCUUCUGUUUGUGGUCCCGAAUAAAGAUGGGUUUGUUCAAAAUGUUGUUCUAAAUCUGUAACCAGUUCAUUCUUUUUUAAAAAGGAGUCUUUGAACACAGUGUGAUCAUAACCUCUAGAGUUGAUGCAUUUUUUCUCAAAACCAGCCAUUCACAUUUGAACUCUUACUGAUUUCAGCUAGAAGAAGCAGCUCUACAACUACAAGACUGUGCUGUUGUAUUUGUUUUACCCAAGCAAGUGUAUAAAUGACUUCCUAACCUAACCCUACAUUUCUGCCAGUUAGAAUUGGAUAAUGUUAACCAAAUUAAAUCAUCACUGGAUCAGCAUUAAAGAGUAUGUUUCUUUAAACUGUAUCUUCUAAAGCAUUGUUAGUCAAGUCCGAAUCAGUUUAUUUUUAAUAUAAAACAAGUUUGAAUUUUUAUCUUGUGGGCAGUUACAAUUUUCAGGAAAUAUUUUUGGAAAUGUGUUUUUAUUUUUCCAUCCAUGUUUGUAGAAAUACAAUAUUGGAGAAUAAAUUGCUGUUCUUUUUUAA